CGUUACUCAAAAACAAAUGUGACAACUUUCAAUUGAGACAUCUGCUUCACUCCACAGCGUAUUUUAGAGGCAAUGUUAGGAGAGAUAAGUGAACAUAGAGCUUGUAAAGUUAGCCAUUUAAAACUGCUUCCUGGUAAGUAAUUUGUAUGCCGAAUUAACCACAACACCCAGGCGACUAAAACUAAAGUUAUGUCAAGGUGUUCCAACACGCAAAAACAAAUUUAAAAAAGCUGUGUAUAAAUAACAACCGGAUAACGUUAUAUCGGGGCUCAAGUAAAGCGAGGUUAGCUUCACCCCGGCGGCACGAUAUUAGCAACUGUUGGAUUUAUUUGAAACGUAACCAUUUCUAACACAACCGCAGCUUAACGUUAGCUAACACAUCACAUCCCAAUAACACCGCUGUGUAACGUACUGCGUUGUUAAGUUCACAGCCUUACCUUAAAAUGUUGUCCGCGUAUGUAAGUAACAACUUGGCGGCGUCUAGAAAUACUUCAUUUGAAUUCUCAAACAAUGUUGUCACUGCCGGUGACACAGCCAUACUGGUUUUUUUUCUUGUAACGUGACGAGCUAAAUGUCUUGAGUAUGCUAGCAAAUGCACGCAUUUGGCUAUUACUCGUUUUGGGUCCUCGAUGUAGCUGACCGAACGCGCCUGAAUAUGUGUUUGCAGCUUAAAAAAUAUAUUGUUUAUAAUUGUAUUUUGCCAUAGUGGUGUUUCAUAAAGCGCAAUUAUAUGUUUUCUUGCUCCAUCUGCUUUAUUACAUUUUUAAAUUGAAUAUUUACUUGUAAAACGAAUCUGGCGUUCAAAAAUGCGACCUAAAAAUAGCUUCAUAGAUGCAGGAAUGGACUUCUCGUUUAAGGACAAGUUUUCUCAAUUGACAGUUAUCUGAAGAAGUUCUCGGCCGGGUACGUUACAGACUUAAGUUCAGUGGCAUCUGGAGGACCUUUCCCCUUUGGUUUGGGGAAUUUAUUUCUCUAAUAUUAAGAGGGGUUCACGAAAGCUACAAGCUAGCUGUGUCAAACUUGACAGAGAUAACAGGAUGUCUGCUUUAUCACUAUACUGUUGGACUAAACUCCAGCUGAGAACACAGAACAUAAGGGCACUUCUUCAAAAGACAGUAUGUGUUUGUCCAAACCAAGACUCCAGACACCACAGCUCUGGACAGCUCAAAAGGAGGGUUGUUAUUACUGGCAUAGGGUUAGUGUGUCCUCUGGGAACAGGGAGUGCACUACCCUGGGACCGCCUGAUUAAAGGCCACAGUGGGAUUGUUGCUCUUGACUCAGAGGAUUAUAAGACUGUUCCAUGUAAAGUGGCAGCACUGGUACCCCGAGGAAAUGAACAAGGUCACUUUAAGGAGGAGAGUUUUGCCUCUCGAGGGGAGAUUAACAGCAUGUCAUCAGCCACUGUAAUGGCCCUCGGAGCUGCUCAGCUGGCUCUGGAGGACUCAGGGUGGUACCCCAAAACUGCAGAGGAACAGUUUAAGACUGGGGUGGCUGUUGGCAUGGGCAUGGUGUCACUGGAGGAAAUCGCUCGCACCUCCAUUGCCUUCCACGAAAAGGGUUACAACAAAGUCAGUCCCUUCUUUGUGCCUCGCAUCCUUGUCAACAUGGCUGCUGGGCACAUAAGUAUCAAACACAAAUUGAAGGGUCCUAACCAUGCUGUGUCUACAGCAUGCACCACAGGUGCACACGCUGUAGGCGAUGCCGCCAGGUUCAUUGCCCACGGGGAUGCAGUUGCUAUGGUUACAGGGGGAACGGAAGCCUGUGUGGGGCCCCUGGCAGUAGCCGGCUUUGCCAGGGCACGCGCCCUCGCCACCAAAUGGAAUGACAACCCAACGCAGGCGUCAAGACCCUUUCACCCAGAGAGAGAGGGCUUUGUGAUGGGCGAAGGAGCAGCGGUGCUCCUUCUGGAGGAGCUGAACCAUGCAGUGAAAAGGGGAGCGAGGAUCUAUGCAGAGGUCCUGGGCUAUGGACUCUCAGGGGACGCCAGCCACAUCACUGCACCCACUGCAGACGGAGAUGGAGCGUUCAGAUGCAUGUCUGCGGCCCUCAGAGAUGCUGGCGUCUCACCAGCAGAUGUGACAUAUGUGAAUGCUCACGCCACAUCCACGCCUUUGGGGGAUGCCGCUGAAAAUGCUGCGAUCAAGAGGCUCUUCCACCAAAGUGUCGAGAGCCUAGCUGUUUCCUCCACCAAGGGAGCCACCGGACAUCUACUCGGGGCUGCAGGGGCCCUGGAGGUAGCGUUCACUGCUUUGGCCUGCUACCACAGGGUCCUCCCCCCAACCCUCAACCUGGACCGCACUGAGCCAGAGUUCGACCUGAAUUAUGUUCCUUGCUCAGCACAGCCGUGGAGGGCCCAGGGCCGACGAGUGGCCCUCACAAACUCAUUUGGAUUUGGUGGCACCAAUGCCUCAUUGUGUCUUGCCAGCAUCUGAUGAGCAGCCUUGAGUGUCACUGAGUGAAUAUCUUUCAGUAGAAUUGAUCAGUACUACUACUGGUUGUUUGGACGAAGUUCUUAUGAACUGAUUUUAAAGGAAUAAAUACAAUAUUUCAACUACUACUUAAAAAAAAUCUGAGAAAAGCA